GCAAUGUUUUAUUUAAUCAGCGAGAUAAACUACCAUUUGAAAAAGGCGUUGUUCGAAGUUGUAAAGUUCAUUUGCAUGUUACAACAGAUCGAGAAACACUAAUAUGAAAAUGCAGAAAACAGUUCUGGCUGCAUGCUUCGUUCUUGCAUUCUCCCAGAUGGGAGAUGCGUUGAAGUGCUAUCAAAACACAAACGCAAACCAAACCAAAACACUCUCUGAAUGUCCCCAACGUAUUACGAACACAACAUGCUUGGCAGCAAAAGGGACUGCUUCUAUAACAAUAAUGAGCAGGGUCGAGACAAUGACAAUAGAAUUCUUUAUGUGCACCCUAGGUAUAGCGUGUGAAUCAUUCUGCGAAACUCAAGAAGAUGAGAUGAAAAAGAGUAUACCCGGCAUAAAAUUUAUCAGUUGCAAGAGUUACUGCUGCAAUAGCGAUAAAUGCAAUGAAGAAUCGACGAAUGAUGGAUACUUUUUCGUUGCCAAUGCUAAACUUGUUGGAAUUGUUAUGAUGUUUAUAUGUGUUUCGUUUUUGUAAUUUUAGAGAGAUUUAUCUAGCUUAGAUCACGUUGUCAAAUUUUCUUUUUUCGGAAGUAUAAUUUUGUGUGUGA